AACACAUCAUAAAACUACAUUAAGACAUAAAGAAUUAGAACUUCAUGCUAAUAAAUUAGAAGAAUGUGUUUUACAACUAUGGGCAAGCAAACCUAGUUGGAAUGAAAUUGUAACUGCAACAUUAGAACUAUGUUCAGUAGCUUGUACUUAUGCCAAUUAUUUAGAAACAGUUAAUUUGCAAGUUUAA